AUGUACGACUCUCUCGCGCUGCUCCUGCACAGGCUCGCGCUCCUCUCCGACGUGAGCGCACUCAGAGGCGCGUGGCCGUGGGGGAGGCAGCGGGAGCGCGCGGCACCGACACCCCCUCCUGCUGCGGUCGCGUGCGCGCUCCCGUUGCGGCGCGGGGACGUGCUGGAGGUGCCGCGCACGCUCUUCGUGCACUUCGGUGUGUAUCUCGGGAACGAUCGCGUGGCGCAUCUCGUGCCCGACAUCCUGCCCGUGCUCACCGGGCAGCGCGCGCUCACCGUGGUCACCAACACGCGCCUCGUGCUCGGCUGCGUGUACCGGAGCGCGAGCGUGCGCGUGGACUCGGUGUCGGACUUCGCGUACGGAGCCCCGGUGCGCGUGAACGCCAUGGACCAGAGGCUGUCGGGAGCGCGCGCCUUGGACGGAGAGGAGGUCGCGCGCAGGGCCGAGAGGCGCGUGGGUCACGUGGCCUACAGUCUGCUGUGGAACAACUGCGAGCAUUUCGUCACUUAUUGUCGGUACGGAACUCCUGUGAGUCUGCAGACCGACCAGUUCUGCAGUGCAGUGAAGGCCACGCUGCAGGACCAGAGGAGCGUCCUCCUCGCCCUCCUCCUGGGACUCGUCUCCAUCAUGCUCCUGGGCCCGGCUCCGCUUACCACCUUACCCACAAUCCUCGUCUCCUUCACACUCUGGAUGGCCGGCUGACCCUCCGCUCCGCUCUGCUCCGGUCCCCUCCCUCCCCUCACACACCCUCCGCUCACACACCCUCCCCUCACACA